UGAAUUUUACGAUUUCGGUGCUGAUUUGUGUGCUAGACCCGAUGCAAACUUUCCUGACUUUGAUCUAGAAUUUGAUAAGAAUAUCUUCGGGAGCAGCGAGAAGGAAGAUAUUAUUGGUUUAAGGUUAGGAUGUAGAAAGCUUGAAUCAACUGAUAUUAGUCAAGCACUCCCGAGAGGUUCCAAUCAGAAUACAAAUGAGAUAAAAAUCUUGCUGGAACCAAAAGUUGAAGAACAGAUGAAAUUGACCAAGCUGCCUACCACCAAUUGUGUAGCCUUGCAAAACACCAAUUUGCCAUUAGAAAUGAAGUGCUCACUCUGCAACACUUUUUUCAAGGACGCUGUGAUGAUACCUUGUUGCCAGCAUAGCUUUUGUGAGAAAUGUAUACGUCUAGCGCUUAUUGAAAAGGGAAGAUGCCCAAAAUGCUUUUCCAGCAAAUGCAAGGUUGAAAAUCUGCUGCCAAAUUUAUCACUUCGUCAUGCAAUUGAGCAUUGCCUUGAAUCUCAGAUGCUAGAUGUUGGUUUAGAGAAUGCUAUGCAGGAAUAUGCUCCAGAUGGAGAAUCUGGAAUCCAAGUUAAAAAAGAUGGUUCUUGUGCUUUAACUGUGGUUCAAACAAAAGUAGAGUUGCCUCAGUCUUCUUCUGCAACUGGGAUAGGAUCCAAUCAACUAUUUAUGGAAUCAUACCAUGAGCCAGUACUUCGGAGAAGUACACCAGAUAGGCUCUCUGAUAAUCAUGUCAGUAUAGUAGGUGGCAAUGGAGAUCCGAAAUCUGCUCUUUUAUCACAGAAAGCCAAACAGAUAGAUGCAAUAAGAGUUGGAUAUUCUCAUCAUGCUAAUACACAAGAAAGAUUUGAAGGUUUUGCACCUCCAUCGGAUUUUCAGGGUGAAAAUCAACCUUCUGAUAUUCCUCAAGUUCACAUACAUGAUGAAGCUGAUUCUGACGUUAAGAAAAGAGGGGGAGUCUGGAGUGAAACUGGAGGUGGAGACAGAAAUUUUUUAGCUCAUGGUGGUUACAAAAAGGCGGGACGCAAUUGUUACACAUGUGGUUCUCCAGAUCAUCUCAUGAGAGACUGCCCUCUUGCUUUCAAUCUACAUCUCUUUCAGCCAGGAAAUGGAGCAUUUCAUGGAGGUGUGCCGGGCUAUCCACCGCCCUAUUGGAAUGGUUCUAUGUUGCCCUUCAGGCCUUAUGCAAAUAUGUAUGGUAACCCUUCAGUGAUGCCUUUCAAUGUCUCCAUGGUUCCGGUGACACCUUUUGCGGUUCCUUCAUACAUUCCUUCCAUGGGUGUUGGCUUACAUGGCCCUGGGGGAAAUAUGGGAAUCGAAGGUAUGGGUCCUGUGGGAAAUAGAGUUGAGAGGUCUCCAUACUCCAACUUGGAGCUUCAGCAUUUUGAACCCAGAAAGAAGCAUUCGAAUGAAGACCUGGGAAGAGAAAAACUUCGUGAUGAAGAAGAUUCUCAUGAUUGCUGUAGGGAUAAUAAGCCAGAUAAAUCACAUCAAUAUAAAUCGCAGAAAGAGAAGGAACAUAGUUUGAAUCAAUCUGAGGACAGCUUUACUCGAAGAUCAAAGAGGAAAAAUCAGCAUGACGAAUAUAUGGAUUCUGACAUUCUCUACUUCGAUGAAAGACUUGAGAAAAAAUCGCGCUCUUCCCAUGCUUCAAGAGACAAGAAGCUGCAUCACUCAGAGAGGUCAAGUUCAGGAAUUGAGGAUAUGUCCAGAAGUUCUGAAAAGUAUAGUGAAAGAAGGCGGAAGGAUCAUCAUGGAGAGUUGAAGCAUCACAAGAGGUUAGAGUGUGACAGUGAUUCAAGUUUGGGUCGUUAUCCACUAAAGAAAGAUGUUAUAAGAAGAGAUGCGAUUGAUGCCAAAGGCUUAUGUAUUGAUCAGAGGAGGGAAUGUAAAGAGAGGGAUUCGGGCCAUGACUCAAGACAUUCCUUUACAAAACACUCAAGACAUGAACAACAUGAUGACAAGUGGCAUAUGAUCAGUGGCACCAAUGACUCCAAAGAUGAAUAUCGUCACCGCAAGCGGAAAAGAGUAUUAAAACCGGCAUGACUUCUGAGGUAACAUGCAUAUGAUACUUGCAUCUUGUGGACUUUGGUGAUCCAUAUGCCAUCCUCAAUAGGUAUUUCGUAUUGACUUGUUUUUGUUGCAGCUGUAGUUUAACAGGGUAAAUAGCUUUUUAUACUAAAAGGUCCAUCAACUUAUUUCAAUAUAUUUAGGUACUAGUAUCUAACUCACAACCUCUGCUGGUUUUAUUGGAGAUAAAUUAGAUUGGUCCGGUUUGGACGGUCACAUGGUAUUAUCCUUUAUUUUUCUUAACUAACCUUCUUCCCUUCUUGUAUGUGAGGUUUGGAUGCUAGCAAAAUUGAAAUAGUGUUUGGCACCAUUUUUGUGCCACUCAAUCGUUCUUUGUGCUGAGGUGUUGAAGCUGAUGAAGGUACGUUCUUUUAAAAUCAGACA